AGCCCAUCGCCAACGCACCCGUGUGCUCGCUACACUGGACCAGGGAGUCGGGGGGUGGUGCUGCCCUGCGAUGUGAAUUGCCUCCGGGCCCGCGGUGCACUGACUGACUGACUGAGCGACCGACGACCUGCUCGUAGGCUGUGCCUCAGGCCCGGCCUGGAAAAGGAGGAAGACAUAAUCUCCCCCAGCUCGCCGUCGAUGCGUCAACGCGACCAUCCAGCCAUACGAACGCAAGCCUCACUUCUGCCCAGCAGCAGCCCUCCACCGUCUUCUUAUGAUGCCCACCUACCUCCCGUCUUCCCGCCGCCGUCUUACCAGAUCGAAUUCCCAGUGCUACUGAAUCCAGGAUGGCCUGUAUCUUCGGCCCCGGUGGAUCCUCGCCUGACGAGAUGAGCCCAAGGAUGCCGGCUGCUACAUCCCCAGAUCUCAUAUUUAGCGAAGGCGAAGAAGGAGAGCAGCGGCCGACGACGAGACACUCGCAGCUCUCUACAUUCGAACGUGUUCUCUCGACUCAUCCGCCCAUCCUCGAAUCGUUCCUCCUACAGACCCCGACUGAAUCUAUACUCCAACUCUACCACACCUCCUCAUACCUCCGGUCUUUCCUCAAAUCAUACCCGACAGCAUGGCAGUAUCUCUCAUUCCGACUCCUUUUGCCUUCCAGCACGCAGGUUCGCCCGCUGGUUGGAGCCACAGACUCGCAGGGAAACCAGCGCCAGUCCCGACCCUACGCACUCGACCAAUUACUACUUCACGUCAUCGUACCCUUUAGCCCUUCUCUUCGCAGUCUAGACCUGGAUAAUACUGCUGUAUCGGGUCAGAACCUCAUUUCGAUCGUCCUUAGCGCACGCAGGGAUACGCUCGAGCACAUCUCUGUCCGAGGAUGCAAAAACGUGUCUCUCAAGUAUCAUAUCAUUCCUUACUUGACCAUGUUUGGGCUUCAAUAUGAUACAGAAACCACAAAUCCGCUCAGCCCUUCGUCAAAAGUCAAACGUCUUGCAAUCAAAAGCCUCUACACCUACCGCUGUCGCCACCAUAGGAGACGCCCGUAUCUAACCUCGUCCCUUCUUAGAAGAGACUCGGACUCAGAACCAACACAUGAGCUCGUCAAUCUUUGCCAUAAACUUGGUAUAUGGACCGAUACUGCUUGGUGUACUACUCCUGCUGGGCGUUGUUUCCGAAGACGAGGCUAUGUGGCCAUGAGGGUACCACAAGGCAGUCCUGAAGUGUGGGUUGUGUUCGACCGGCUAUGGAGGUCCAAGAACUGGAUUGGCGCAUCUGGUGACAGCAAUGAGCCUCCGAAACGAGACGGCCGCCUAUGGGAACAUGACGAAACUGGCCAUUCUGGCGAACCUCUGGGGACUCCUGGUGCCCAGAAAUACGGAGAGGGAAAGACAGUCCCAACUCACCUGCGCAGUAGUCACAAACGGUUCGUGGAAGACAUAAAAUGUGAUGCUUGUCUUGAAAAGAUAUAUGAAAGAUGUGAGCAAUGCAGCGUCCUGAUGCAUUGUGUUGGAUGCCGAAAAACUCUCUGUUACAGUUGUGCAUACGAUACGCCCUACCCAAGAAGAAAGACGGCGUCUGUUAGUGAAUCAGCGGAAGAGACAUUUUGGUGGGCUCCGGGAGCCGCCAUCUCUCCAUGUGCGAUGCAGGAGCCUUUUCAGCAAGCCAUUGGUCCUAAUGCGGUCAACAACCAGAAUGGAAUGGCCAACUCCCCCGUUUACCCAAACCUGAAGCUACACUGGUGCUGCACUGAACCAAUUUUCACUGGCGGUGGUGGAAUAACGCUUGGAGUCGCUGGUCGUGAAGUUGACAGGGUACGAGCGGCUCCUCUUCCCCGUGGGCAAGGGUGGGAAGACCCGGAGUACUCAUCGAAUGAAUGGAGCAAAAAUUUCCCAAAGUAUGCAUAUGGAGACCCGAAGAAGCCCGACUACACUCUUGCCGAAGGUCACACUGAGAUGAUGCGUUGGCUACUAGGCCCAUCAAGUUGUCAAGUUUCAAGCUGCCCGCGUAAUUUGUGUCAAGACUGUUUUGACUCCCCCCAAUGGAAAGUCCAUUGUAAGAGUUGUUCAAAGCCCUUGUGCAUGGAACAUGACUUACGGGGGUUGCGUCUUCGAAUAUGUGGUUAUCGAGACCUUCUGCUUGAAAAACUUGCUAUUGGGGAUGGACGGACACCUGCCUCGUCUGCCGCUUCGGCAACUUCUCCUGCCAGGCCUGCCUUGUCUACUUCGGCCUCGUAUGCGCCUCUGAGGCUUGCUCCCCCUGAACAGAGCCAUGGCGGCGCUUCAAGCAGCAGCAACCCUCUACCAAAUGAAACAAACUCUUCAAUUCCAGCGACGGCAGCUAUGACAGCCAGUGACAAUCAAAAUGCUGACCCUGCCUCUUCCUCGACUUCUAACAAUCAUACCCGUUCCUCUACACCCGCCUCUGUUUACUUUGAAGCAGCACCGCAGUCGCGUAAAUGGCUUGGCUGCCAGUCGUUUUUCUGCCCACAGUUCCGAGCUGCCGGAGAUCACCGUCAGCGUUGUACAAGCGUAUUGAGCGAAUGUACAUCUUGCUCUGUCCACGUCUGCCAAGAUUGCGUCGACGAGAACCCGCCAUGCACCUGCUCGUAUUGUGAUUUGAACUACCUCUGUCCAAACUGUUAUGUGACCAAGGAGCAGGAUGGAACUUGUCGCCGACUCGAGGAGGAACGUGCAAGACGAGAUGAGAAACAGAAACGCGACCUGGAGAUGUUUGAAGUUGCUCUCGAACGCAACCUUGCAAACGAAGUUGCCGGGUAUGCAGGACAGUUCUUCAGUCAAGUAUACCAUACUGGAGAGCCCGUUCAAAUGUCUGAGCAGCCGACAGAGGCCGUUGGUGAAGCACCUCCCCCGUUAGCUCAACUGGACGCGGCCACUAAUAGUCAUCCCCCAGCCCAGCCAGGUGCUUCUCAGCAUACUGCCGCUUAUGAUGACGAUGACAACGGUCCGGCCGGUAGUGGGUCAGAACAUACUGAAAUUCUGGGCGAUGAUGCUUAAUCUUGUGCCACUUCACUCUCGACUUCAACUUCUCAUCACGUCUUGUGGUACAGCAAACCCUUCACGGCAUUGCCAUCUAUCAUACCCUAUCCUAUCCAUUUACCGAUCUUAGCCAUCUUCUCAAAUUUUCCAGCAACUAAUUGUCUGCUUCAUCAACGACCACUCGAGGUACUCGCACUUUCUUUUUCAUUUCAUUUGUUACGCCAAGUUGCUUUCUGCUUUUUUUUUCCUAACGACUCUCUGUCUUUCACCUCCUUGCAAAGUGGGUUAUUUCUUAUAUUCGGCGAAAGGAAACAAAUUUUCGAGUUUAAGGGGAACCGGGGCUUCUAGCAGGCAUUUAGCGAUAUGGUGUUCUCAUUCCUCAUUUCAGUCCUGUUACUGUUGUCCUACCAUUCCUGUCUAUCGAUGUUCUUUCAAAUCCACAGAUGUUUUAUUAUCUUCUAGUAAAGUAUACUUUGUCGAUAUAUAUAUAGUUAUAUGUUCUUUCCUAUGUUCUUUCCUAUUCAUUUCACGGAGCAUUGCUAGUCUU